GAACUUCGGGCUGAGAUGGAAGAAAUGCGUGACAGCUAUUUAGAAGAAGAUGUUUACCAGCUGCAGGAGCUGCGGCGAGAACUGGACCGGGCAAACAAGAACUGCCGCAUUCUGCAAUAUCGUCUCAGGAAAGCGGAACAGAAGAGCUUGAAAGUUGCACAAACAGGCCACGUGGAUGGAGAGCUCAUUAGGAGCCUGGAACAAGAUUUAAAGGUAGCCAAAGAUGUUUCUGUCAGACUGCACCAUGAGCUGGAGAGUGUGGAGGAGAAGCGUGUUAAAGCAGAAGAUGAAAACGAAGUCCUGCGGCAGCAAAUCAUCGAGGUGGAAGUAUCCAAGCAGACGCUGCAAAAUGAGCUGGACAAGUUAAAAGAGAGUUCCCUGAAGAGAAGAGGUAGCAGAGAGAUACACAAAGAAAAAAAGACAUUUACCCAGGAGGACAGCGCUGAUUUGAAGUGCCAGCUCCAGUUUGCCAAAGAGGAGGCAGCGCUGAUGCGUAAGAAGAUGGCCAAACUGGGGAGGGAGAAGGACGAACUGGAGCAGGAGCUCCAGAAGUACAAGUCCAUCUAUGGAGAUGUGGACAGUCCCCUGCCUACUGGGGAGGCAGGGGGACCGCCCAGCACCAGGGAGGCUGAGCUGAAGCUUCGUUUGAAGCUGGUGGAGGAAGAAGCCAACAUACUGGGCAGAAAAAUAGUGGAACUGGAGGUGGAGAACAGAGGGAUUAAAGCUGAGAUGGAGGAUAUGAGGUGCCAGUAUGAAAAAGAGUGUCUCAGCAGGGACCACAUUUCAAGCAUUCCUACCUCACCCUACGGUGACUCCGUGGAGUCAGCCACGGAGCUGCGCCGGCACCUGCAGUUUGUGGAAGAGGAAGCAGAGCUACUGAGGAGGUCGAUCUCCGAAAUUGAGGAUCACAACAAGCAGCUAACCAACGAGCUGAACAAAUUCAAGUUCGAGCCGGGCCAGGAGCCAGGCUGGUUGGAUGAGACGGCGUCCAAGUGUGGUGGGACCUUACAAGAGGAGCUGAAGUCAGCCAGGUUGCAAAUCAAUGAGCUGAGUGGGAAAGUGAUGAAGCUCCAGUAUGAGAACAGGGUCCUGAUGUCCAAUGUCCAACGUUAUGAUCUCGCCUCUCACCUGGGCCUGCGCACUUCCAGCCCCAGAGACAGCGAUGCUGACAGCGAUGCUGGGAAGAAGGAGAGUGACAGCGAAGAGGGUCGUCCGCCUCAGCCAAAGAGAGAGGGACCCAUCGGCGGGGAGAGUGACUCUGAAGAUGUUUAUGAGAAGACAUCAGGUUUCGGGAGUGGGAAACCUUCAGAAGUCAGCGACCUGUGCUCUGCUGAGCUCAUCAGAGUGAAAGAGGACACCGAGUCACUGAUUAAUAUCAAACGCGAGGCGGAACGGCUCGAAAGGACCGUGGAGCGCCUUAUCACCGACACGGACAGCUUGAUUUAUGAUGCCAAGGUGCGUGUAACCAGCAGCCCAUCCGCCCAGCAAGACUUCAGAAGUGGUGAAGAAAGAGAAGACAAAUAUGAACCCGAGCUUCUGGACACGGUCAACACCAGGAUGAAAGCUUUCCGGAAGGAGCUACAGACCUUCUUGGAGAAGGUUGAGCAUAUCGGAGAGGGCCUUAAGGAGCAGAUGGAGGACCUUUCCCCUCUUCCACAUCUCACGGAGUCUUCCAGUUUUCUAUCCACAAUGACAUCCAUGUCCCGAGACUCUCCCAUUGGUAACCUGGGGAAGGAUUUAAUCACCGAUUUCCAGUCCAAACUGAGGGAUCAGAUGGCGUGGCAGCUCAAACAAGAUCGUGGAGAGGAGCGAGAGAUUCACCACCAGCGAGCCACCACCGACCCACACCGCAGAGCUGAUGGAGACAUUAAACUCUACAGGCCAGGAGACAAGGGCUGUUUCAGUCUAGAGCUCAGGGAUUCCCAUGUUUUACCUGUACAGAAUAUAUCGAUACAGGAGCUUCAGGCUCAGCUUGAGCAGGAGACGAGACUUCACCGAGAGGAGCAAGAAAAGUUUACAGAGAGGAUCAUCCAGCUGGAGGAGGAGCAUUUGCAGACCCUGCGGAGGAAAGACUUGGAAGUGCAGAGUUUGACUUUGCAGAACAAACUGGAGGAAAAGACCUGGAGCCAGGAGAAAAGCCUGCUGCAGCAAGAACUCAGGCAUUUCAAGCAGGACACCUUUCUCCUGUAUGUCAAACUGAAGUGGCUGCUGAAACACUGGCGGCAAGGCAAGCGAAUGGAGGAGGAAGGGGAGGACAUACUAGAGACCGAGCACCCCGAGGCCCUCCCAGACUUUGGUGUUCAGUCUGAGCAGAAGGCAGAUGAUGCAGAGCAAGACGAGGAGGAAGAGGAUGUUGUGUUUCCACUGGCAGACUUCUCUCAGCGUCCCACCAUGGAGAGCACUGAUCAUGGACCACCGCUGCAGACUGCAGAGUUACUGCAGCAGCAGAAGCAGGCAAGUGAGAAUCGGAAGCUGCUGAAUGCUCUGAAGGCUUUGCUGGAUGAGUUCCGCUCGGAGCUGCGGGAGGAGGAGCGCGAGCGCCAUGGCCUCCAGCAGCAGUACGCCCUGCACAGGGCAGCCUGGGAGGUGGAACUGACUGAGCUGAAGUGUCACCUCCAGCAGCUAGAAGGAAAGAGUGAGAACACCUCAGGAGAAACAGGCCUCGCUUCUGAUGCAAAGGGAGCCUUUAAAAGGGAGAGAGAGGAGCACAAGAAACUUCUGGCUGAGAGUCAUAGUGUAGUGAUGGACCUUCGCUGGCAAAUCCAGCACAAUGAGAAGAACUGGAACCGGGAGAAGGUGGAGCUCCUGGACAGGCUUGACAGAGACCGGCGAGAAUGGGAGCGACAGAAGAAGGAGCUGCUCAGGCGGAUAGAGCAGCUCCAGAAAGAAGUGAGCCCACGGAGAGGAGGCGGUUUUCUGUGUGACCAGAAGGAGAACAACCAUCGUGCAUUCACAGCCCAGGGGAACCUCCACGUGCCUCGUCCGAUGGGCUCGAGAUCCUACUCUGAUUCAGACACCAUUCAGUUUGAUGACAGGUCACUGUCCAAGCUGAAGGAGAGCGACCGGUGCAGUGCCACAGAGAACCUCUUUCUGGAGUCACUGUCUCUCGAUUCCCCUGAUGAGUCUGACGAGCACCGGUCCCGGCAGCCCGAGCGCGAGAAAUUCCUGACCGGAUUAAUGGAAGAGGAAGAGACACACAAAGGAAACCUUCAAAGGGCAAUGUCUGUCUCUUCCAUGUCGGAAUUUCAGCGCCUGAUGGAUAUUUCUCCAUUUCUACCAGAAAAAAACUUGCCUUUAUCCAACAGCAAAGAUGACAUAACCCCUCCCCUGUCUCCUGAUGACCUGAAAUACAUUGAGGAAUUCAACAAAAACUGGGAUUACAGUAAUGCUAGGAACCAUGGUGGGGCCACUGAGAAGCCUGCAGAAGGCUGGGCAGAAAGGACAGAAAUGGGGAAAGCUGGGAAUGAUCCUCCUUCAGAUCCCUUUCAGGCAUCAUCAUGGUACCUCACCACCAGUGUCACCAUGACAACUAACACCAUGACCAGCCCGGAGCACUGCCAGAAGCAGCCGACAAGGAGUCACAGCGUAACUGAGAAAAUGGGAGUUCGGGUCUUCCACAGCCCCCCGGUUGUGCGUAGGUUUGAUAACUCAGUGAUAGCUGGCAGCGAAGGGAAGCACCAGGCCGAGCCGGAUUUCCUCUUCUCUGUGACCAAAGCCAUGGGGAACAUCGCUGAGACGAAAGGUGCUUCCUCAGAUGUGUUUGGGAGAUGGUCGUGUGACCUGGCCAAACAUCACAAGGAUUUUCUGGAGGGGGGUCUUCAUCCCAUCGAGCGUCCUCUUUGCACUACUGUAGGUUUCGCCUCCCCCUUGCACAGCUUGGAGAUGUCCAAAAACAUGAGUGAUGAUAUGAAGGAGGUGGCUUUCUCUGUCCGUAACGCCAUCCGCUCCAACUCGAGCUCAGCAGAACCUCAGUUCAAGGACACCGCCUGUCAAACCAACGGGAUGAGGACGACAGGGACGCAGACCACCCAGACCAUCAGCGUCGGCCUGCAGACCGAAACCCUGCGCAGUAUCACCAGCAGUCCACACAAGUGUCUGACUCCAAAGGGGGGGUCCACGCCUGUCUCGUCACCAUCCAGAAGCAUAAGAAGCAGGCAAGUGACUCCCGUCAUCGAAAAAGUCCAGGCUAAGUUUGAACGCACAUGCUGCUCUCCCAAAUACGGCUCUCCAAAGCUGCAAAGAAAAGCCCUUCCCAAACCAGACCAGCCCAAUAACCGGACCUUGCCUGGCACACCUCAGAAAGGAUUCAGUGAGUCUGCUUGGGCUAGGUCAACCACCACAAGGGAGAGCCCUGUCCACACCACCAUCAACGAUGGCCUCUCCAGUUUGUUCAACAUCAUCGACCAUAGCCCCAUCUUUCACGACACCUUCCAAAAAUGCCCCAGGUCUAGCAGCCGGUCCAGGUCAGCAGAACCCAGAGCAGAACUGAGCUCGUUGCAGGAGCCGUGCCCAAAUGCCCGUGGCAGGUCACCCAGUCCUCUCCGGCUGGGGACAGAGGCACAAAAGGAAGACGGGACUGAGGUGACAAGUAUCAGGCAGGACUUAUCUGCUCCUCCAGGGUACACGCUCACAGAAAAUGCUGCCAGGAUCUUGAAUAAGAAACUUUUGGAGCAUGCCUUAAAGGAAGAGAGAAGGCUACCUUCACACAGCCCACCAAAUCUUAGCAAUGACAACAGCACAGGAGAAACUGUCAAAGUAGAUCCAGGGUCCAUAGAGAACCAAACUGUCUUAUUAACUACCCCCUGGGGACUCUAA